UUCUGUUAGUAUAUAUUUCUGUUAGUGUAUAUGAUCAUGCUACUUUGUAUAUUUAUUUCCCACAAAUAGCCUAGGGUAUCGAGAAAACAGAAUAGAAAAUAAGGAUCAUACGUCACAAUAAAGAGCCCUAUAAUUGUACUUGUACGAGUAUAGUCAAAAUUUGAUCCAUUCGAGCGCGGUUGUCGGCAAUGGCAGAGUUAGCCAUGAAAUCUGCUAACUGAGGAUGGCAAAAUAGUUUUUUGAAGUUUGAAGAGUUUUUAUACUAUAUAUAUUUAUUUACAUCUAUUUUUUGUACGCUUGGAUUUUAUACACAUUUUUUUUUUCAAUAUGAAGAAUUCCGUAGCAUUUCGACUCUUUGUGAUUGUGUGUGUUUGCUUACAACAACUUUAUGCACAGAAUAAUAAUCUAAUUGCCAUCCAAAAUCAUAUAGACAAAAUUAUCAUGAAUUCUCAAAUCUUACGAGAUGUUGUUCAAGCUGAGAUGACGAAACAGGGAAUUUCACCGGGUGCUGGCUCCCCUCCGUCAGCAAAUGUGGCAUACUCCUCCUUUAUUGAUGAAAUGGAGGGAAGACUUCGAAUUUUGGAGGAAACUACCGCCUCGCUAUCAAAACAGAUGAACAGAUGUCAUAAUGCACCAUCACCUCCUUCGCCACCAACAAACGUCAUUGCCGAAUCUGCCACCUCUGACAACGUGUCCUCAAUCGUCGUACGGUGGGACCCUCCAAAUCCCGUCCCAGACAAUCUCCAAUACAAGGUGUACUUCGCUGCCGUCGACGAGACAGGGUACCAGCCCCAGGGUGAGGUCGUCUUCAGAAUUUGUGAUGCUACACAGACAUCUGCCUCUAUCACCGACCUUUCUCCAAGGUCAAACUACCAGGUUCGGGUUGGAACCGUGGCGGGUAUAGUCACCGAGGCAUCCAGUGUACCACAGGUCGUCGAAACUCCUGACAUCAUCCCAUCCGAGCCAACAAAUCUUAGAGUAGAACAAACCACACCUAAUGCAGUUACGUUACUCUGGGAUGCUCCCCAAAUCGCCGGAGUUGUGACAUCAUACGUACUGUAUUACCGAGAGAAUGGUAAAUCCCUACAAAUGACAGAAACCGUGGAGCCACCAUCUUCAUUUUACACUGUCAACGAUCUGUCUGAAGGAACUAGAUACGAGUUUCAAGUGGCUGCCAAAUCCAAUAACGGUGAAGGCCCGAGGAGUCAGUCAGUGGAUGUCCAAACAAUUGACUUUAAUCCACCCCACCCUCUGGAUCUUAAUUGUACAUCUCUAAACAAGACUUCAGUUCUCUUGUCCUGGAAGAAACCUCUUACACUUCCUGGUGAUGGAAUCAUCCGUGGAUUCAACAUUAACUACACAGAUAGCAGAUACAGAGAGUUCUUCCUCUACAAAACACCAGAUGCAACCGUCAAUGAAGCCGUCAUUGAAAACCUCGAGCCCGCUACUGUAUACUAUUUCCAAGCUUCCUCAAGAACAAGGAAAACAUUUGGAGGAGGCGGAGCUGUCGUCAUGUGCAAUACUAAAGCAGAUGCUCCCUCUAAACCUAGAAAUGUCCAGAUCGAAUUGUCGAGAUUAGAUCCACCACAACUUACCAUUAAAUGGAUUCCACCAUACCAUACUUAUGGUCCUUUGAUAAACUACACUCUUCACUGGGGUGUCAAAAAUGGAGCUCUGAGGAAAGAGAAAAUCGCACCUUACAGAUUGCGAUGGGACUCAGAUUAUUUAGAUGAUGCUACUGUUCACGAGUUUAAAUUAUAUGCUGUAAAUUCAGAAGGAUUUGGGGAACCAGCAAUAGUUCAAUAUACUACUCCAAAACGAGAAACAAUUGUCCCACCAAAUGUUACUGUUGAUCGUGUUAAAGGAAAGAAUAACACCACGAUGUUGAGAGUCAACUGGGAUCCACCAAACCAACCUGUCGAAGGCUACAGAAUCUUGUACAGGAAGUUUGAGUGGGUUUACAGUGGCAGGUGGAAGCUGAAGGAGCUUAAUGAUCCUAACGCCCUGCAAACAGAAAUUGUGGUAGAUGAACCUAACUAUUCACACAUUGUCGUGGUUAGAGGUACUGCUAAACGUCAGAAUCCAAAUUACCCAAUCAUGGGUGGACAGAUUGGAGGAAACAUGGGUAAUCCAAUGAUGGGAUCUUCAGGUCAAAUGAUAGGAAAUCAGGGCGGCCGAAUGAGCCAGCCUAUGGUCAAUGGAAUGAUGAACCAGGGUGGCAUGCCUCAAAAUGGCCAGAUGAUGCAAAUGAGAGGAAACAUGGGUGGACAAAUGAGCAUGGGCGGAAACAUUGGCGGGAAUAUGGGAGGAAGUAUGUCCACUAGCAUGUCAGGCGGUAUGCCCAAUAACAUGGUAGGAAAUAUGCCCAAUAAUUUGGCAGCAAAUAUGCCCAACAACAUGCAAGCAAAUAUGGCCAACAAUAUGGCAGCAAAUAUGCCCAACAACAUGCCAGGAAAUAUGCCCAACAACAUGCAAGCAAGUGUUGCAGGUGGUCUUAGUGGAUCAACAGGAUCUCUGGCUAGUAUGCAGAUGAAUAGAGGACCAAAUCAGUUUGGAAGUCAAAUGAACAUGCCAAUGCAAGGUAAUCAGCCAAAACCUCCACAAGGGGGUAGUCAGCUGGGUCAACCCAUUAAAAGAAAUUCAAUGUCACAACCCCUUUCACAAGGUCAAAUUCCAGAACCCCCGGGUUUCAAUAAUGCAGGAUUUCAGCAACAGUUUAGAGCAUAGGAAAACUAUAAUUGUGACUGAUCAGGAAAAAUUGGUAUAAAUUUAGUUAUACUGAAGAAACUGACUAACAUGUGAAAAUAAAAAAAGAUAUUCAUAAUUCUCGGGUUUAUUAAUCGAGAUAUUUUCCUAUAUAUAGGAAGAAAGAAAAUUAUAUUUAAUGAAACAUUAAAUCAAGCAAAUAAAUAAUUUAAACGUUAAGAAAUCACAUUCCAUCAAUCAAUCAAAUGACAAUAUUUGAUUCACUGUCGGAACAUACUUCAUAGAUAACCAUUCAAUUCGUUCUAACAUGGAGGGAUAAGGUAUAAAAGUGCAAAUUUGAAAUGGGAAUGAAAAGGUUGAACUAAAAUGCAAUUUAUAAAAGUUUGCAUUUUCUUUCGGAUAAUGUCUCUUUUGAAAUUUGCAUUCACUGAAAAUAAUAUUCAAAUUAUUUGACUUCUUUCUUUAGGCAAAUAACCAUUCAUCAUAUCAUGUAAAAGUGUCUGGGAUGGCGCAACAAUCAUCUCCAUAAGAAAGUCAUUCGAACACGCCCGACAACAUUGUGUAUAUGUACAGUCUUGAAUUCUGGUGUAUGCACAGCCACUCGUGGUGUUUGAUUUGACCAAGUGCUGAAAAACACAUUGAUUCCAUAUGUCAUUUCAUUUAUCAUCUAUUUUGUUUUUGUUUGUAGACUCGUAUACAAAUAAAUUAUAAAACACGA